UGAGGGGCUCGCUGUGGCAGAAUGUGGUUGCUGUCGCUGCUUGUUCCCUUCUUCAGACUUUAUUUCUGUGGAAUCAGAGUUCUUCUCUACCAGAUGUUCAACAGAUCAUUUACACUACCAGGUACUCACUAAGUGGAUUGCUUACCAAAGGAACCAAUGGAGGGUAAAGGUUCAGGACCUUCCUGCUCUGGCCUCAAACUAGUUGCACACCCACGUGCAAAAAGCAAAAUCUGGAAAUACUUUGGCUUUGACACAGAUGCAGACGGGUGCAUACUGCACUGGAAAAGGAUAUAUUGUCGUGUGUGUAUGAAUCAAAUUGCAUACUCGGGAAACACCUCAAAUCUGUCCUAUCACCUGGAAAGGAACCAUCCAGUGGAAUUCAGCGAGUUUGUGAAGAGCAACACGGAUCAUGUGCGUGAAGCAUUUGCCACAGCAUUCACUAGGUUAAAGACGGAACCUUCAAGUGUAUAUGUUCAAUCCCAUGACACAAAUUUAAGGCAGAGCUUAAACUAUGAAAGCAGACCACACAAUGAUCUGACAAUGGCUGUCAUCAACUUCAUCUGUGAAGGACUGUAUCCUGUAUCUGUACUUGAAGAGCCUACUUUCAAGACUUUAUUAACUACAGUUGAUCCCGGGUACUCUCCACCAAGUAAAACUGACCUGGUAGCUAAAAUGCUUCCUCAGAUGUAUUGCCGCACCCGUGAUAUUGUCUUUACUGAGCUUGCUGGGGUAGUGAAUUGUGGAGUUACUACAGACCUUUGGCAAAGCCAAACCCAGAACAGGACUUACAUUUCACUGUCUGUGCAUUCUGUUCAUUACAGCAAUACAGUUAACUUCACUAUGACCAGCAAGUGCCUCAAGACUUUUGAAGUUCAAGAGGACAACACAGCCGAGAAUAUCACCAGAGCAAUGUAUGAAGCCUUUGUUGAAUGGGGGAUAAUUCACAAAGUCAGUGGAGCCACCACAAAUGGUUCAGUAGACAUUGUGAAAGCUUGCUCACUUCUGGAAUUGUCAGUGGAAAUGCCUUGUCUAGGACAUACCAUUAAUUGUUCCCUGGAUGAAGCCUUUCAGCUGCCAAGAGUUGAUCGUUUUUUAGGAAGUUGCCGCAAGCUUGUUGAUCAUUUUAGAGAAACAGCUAUGUAUAUACUUAGAGAAAAACAGAAGCACCAUGGCCUAUCUCAGUGUACAUUAAUCACAGACAGGGGUAAGUCUUGGUUGGCCACACUAGCAAUGUUACAAAGACUGAAACAGCAGCAGGUUGCAGUAACUGCAGUACUUGUUGACAGUUCUAGCACCCAACAGUUCAGCUUUGGUGGUACUGACUGGGUAGUGUUGGAGGGCUUGAUUGAUAUCCUCCAACCUUUUAAAGUUGUGGCAGAUAUGAUUACUGCUUGCAGUUAUCCAACCAUUAGCAUGGUGAGGCCAGUACUUCAUAUGCUGCUGAACACCACACUCAAGGUCAAAGAAAGUGACCACAAAGAAAUCAGCAUGGCCAAAGAAGUCAUUUUCAAGGUGCUAUCCAACACCUAUUCCCAGAAUUCACAGCAAACACAAGAGAUUUCAACAUUCCUGAAUAUUGCUACAUUCCUGGAUCCCCGGUACAAGAAGUUGCCUUUCCUGUCAGCACAAGAACGCUCCCAGGUUGAGAACAGUGUAAUUGAGGAGGCAAAAGCAAUCCUUGAGAAACAGGCAGCUGAGCGGGCAUGCUUUGAUGAUUUCUCUUUGGUAUCUGUUGAGCCACCUGCCAAAAAACAUGCAUCAUUAAGAGAAACUUCAAACAGCAACACAACCCAGGACAACCCUUUAGCUGCAAUAUUUUGCCAGUCUGAUGCAGACCAGAGCCAGGAGGAGCUACAUGCUCAGGUGGUGGAGGAGCUGAGCAACUACAAAUCACAAAGGGUCCUAGGGCUGAAUGAAGACCCUUUACUUUGGUGGACAAGUCAUGCAGCUUUGUUUCCCACACUCCCAAAGGUGCUCCAGAAGUACUGGUGUGUACCUGCUACAAGUGUCCCAUGUCACAGACUAUUCAGCUCUUCGGGCAUGGUUUUGUGUGGAAAGAGGAACCGUAUAGCUCCAGCACUAGUAGAUCAGCAGAUCUUCCUGUAUGAAAACUCACGGGGCUACUUUGAACCUGAACCAUGCGAAGAUGAUGUGGACAGUGCUUGGGAUGUAAACUGUAGUGUCAGUCAACCUUGACUGUCUGAUUUAAAAAAAAAAAAAAAAAAAAAAAAAAAAAAAAAAAAAAAAAAAAAAAAAAAAAAUA